AUGGCCUCCACCGCGCUUCCCCUCCUCCUCCUCCUCCUACCCUUUGUUCUGUUCUCUCAAACUCUCGCCCAAACUUCGAUCAACAUAACCGGCAUUCUGGCCGAAGGCGGCCAAUUCAGCACCUUCCUUCGCCUCCUCGGCGAAAGCAACCUGAUCUCUCAGCUCGAGAAUCAGCUCGACAACUCGCACGAGGGCAUGACCAUUCUUGCUCCCUCUGAUAAUGGCUUCAACGCCCUUAAAUCUGGCACCCUCAACAGCCUCAACGACCAGCAGAAGAGCCAGCUUCUCCUCUUCCAUGUCUUGAGUAAGUUCUACACGGUGACGGAUCUGCAGACGGUUAGCAACCCGACGAGGACACUGGCCGGAGACUGGGGGCUGAACUUCACUGGCCAACCAAAUUCGAACCAAGUCAAUGUAUCCACCGGCGUGGUUACGGUGGAGAUCAACAAUAAGCUCAGAGAGAAAUCUCCGUUGGGUGUUUACGUAGUGGAUCAAGUUUUGUUGCCUGAUGCUCUUUUUGGGAAACACGCCGGCGUACCGCCGCCAAGAGCUCCAGGUCCGAGGACCGACAAUUCUCCUGACGAGGGAACCGCGCCGGAAUCUGACGCCGCCAAUCCGGCGUCGGAUGAGACGGAUGGUGGUGUGAGAAACGGCGUGGGAUUGGGAUUGGUUUUGGGAAUUGGUUUGAUUGCCAUUAGCCUUAUUUUUUAAGAGUUUAGAAUCAUAGGAGUUGAUUUGAGGAUAAGUGCGUGCU